AUGGCGUGUCCAUAUGCUAAAGAUGACAAGCGGAUAUGUAUCAUUGGCGCGGGGCCGGCCGGUGUGUCGGCGAUGUACCACUUCGCCCAGAUGGCAAACUUUCCGGAAAUGGUCUGUUAUGACAAGCAGGGCAGAUGGGGAGGCAUGUGGAACUAUACUUGGAGAACAGGAACAGAUAAGUACGGGGAACCCUGCUUUAAUGCAAUGUAUAAAAGAUUGCAAAUCAACUCUCCAAAGGAAGUGCUGGAGUUUCCUGAUUACAGUUACCGUGAACACUUUGGAAGAAGAGUCCCUUCGUACCUUUAUAGAGGGGAAAUGCUGGACUACAUGGAAGGCAGAUGGACAGACAAUUCAAGAUGUGAUUUAAGGCAAUUCAUCAGGUUUGGAACUGCUGUUCGGCAUGUGGCAUUUGACGACGAAUCCGGAAAUUUCAAGGUCACGGUAAACGACCUUGAAAAAGGCUCUUACCACGAGGAGACGUUCACUCAUGUAAUAGUCGCCGUCGGUCUGUACAACCAUCCAUGUUUGCCAGAAUUCCCUGGUAUCGACUCCUUUGAGGGCCGGGUUUUGCACGCUCGCGAUUUCAGGGAUGAUUUUGAAUUUAGAAAUCAGAAGGUGCUGGUAAUUGGAAACGCCAUGUCUGGCCAGGACAUUGCUUUCCAUAUCAUGAAAGGAGGCGGUCAGAAAGUUUAUUUAGGGUACAAAAAUGUGCCGUCUCCAUACAAAUGGCCGGAAACAAUUGUUGAAAAAGGUCCGAUUAGUUGUUUUAAUCGCCGAAGAGUGCAGUUUGCAGACGGGUCCAGUGAUGAGAUCGACUCCGUCGUCUUCUGUACCGGAUACAAUAGUAUAUAUCCGUUCAUGGAGAACCGACUAAGAAUAACGUGCAAGUCAACGCUCUACCUGAAAGAUGUGUAUAAAGGUUGCCUGUACAUGCCCCAAGGGGACAACCGGCUGUUCUAUGUUGGGGCGGUCAGAGGGCUAGUGGGUCUUUCCCUCAUCGACUGCCUGGCAGCGUGGACAGCCAGAUAUAUUAAUGAACAGACACUAGAGAAGCAAGUUUCUGAGGAUGAAAUGAGGGCUUACGUUGACAAAUGGAUGACAAAGGCGAUGGGUAUACGUGAACAUGCUGACAUUGUAACCUACCAGUGUGAACUGAUGGCGGACCUGGCAAAGAGCUCGGGGUAUGGGAUGCAGUACACAUUGAGUCUGCCUCUGUUCUUGGAGUGGAUUAAGCAUAGAAACGAUGAUGCCUGGACAUACAGGGAUCACCAGUUUACUUCGAUGUACACUGGAGACUAG